UGUUAUGACUUAUUUGCUAUUUAAUUUAUAAUUAUCUAAAAUUGUAGGUUGUACAGUACCAUUGUAAUUAAAGAAGAUGGAAUUGACACUAAGACAGUAGUACUUACUUACUGGGUUAAUGCAGUGGAAGAGUAUGGAUGUUAUGAAACAUGUCAGGCAAUGCUAAAUAUUUUAACUGAAGAUGAAAAUGAUGACCGCCCUGUUUCAAAUAUGCUCAACCCAAAGGAACGAGUUCCUAGUCCAAAUUUGCAUGCUUUAAAGUGCACAACAUUUGGUUCGUCAUCACCAAUUCAAUUGGAUGUGCCACUUAUAUCUCCAUGGAAAAAAAGUAAAGUGGGCUGUAUAAUACAGCUAAGAUCGAAUGAAGAUUUCCAACAAUCAUUGGAUUUAGAAUUGAACCACUUUAACAAAAAUCCAACAUCUUUCAAUAUAGGUGAUGGUGGUGUUUCAUUAAAGGAAAUGACAAAUAAACAGUUUCAGUAUGCCAUGCUAAUGAAGCUAGAUUUGCUGCAGCAAAAUCAACUUAAAAUAAUGGAGCGUUUGGACAACAUAGAAACAAAGCCAAAAAGUUGUACUACUGAUGAAGGUUCCAUAAUUACAAUCCCACACAGAGAUAUUAGGUGUUUUAAUGAAGAAGAGGAAACUCUCAAAGCAAGUUCUAGUGCUGUGAAAAACAAGCAACGUAUUAGACAAUAUAAGAUCAAUGCUUUUUUGAAUGCUGCAAUUUGGAAUAUCUGCACAAUCGUGAUCUAUGAGCAAAAGAAAUAAGAAUCUAAAGCUUUUAAAAUAUGAGUUUGAUCUCUGAUGCUGCAGUUUCCAUUUGAACAUUCAACGCUACUUAGCAUCAAAAGUUGUUUGAAUGGUGCUGUGAGUUCUAAGCAUUUGAUAUCAUAUUAAUUUGCGAAUGACAUAAUUUCACUUGCAAAAUAACUUGUAAUGUAAAAUAAAUUUA